UCUUGGCUGUUGGUGCCAAUCGAUAACAAGCAUUGCUCCACAUACCAGGCUUCCUUCCUCUCUUUGCGUGUGUAUAUUGACAAAUUCCACAUACAACCUUCCAGCGUGUAUUGGAAUCGUGGGAAGUUAACCAAGAACAUUUUGGUUUAUUUGUAAUAGUCGGAUAUGGCUAUGUACAAGAACUUGUGAACAUUCAUUUCCAUCUAUGUUUCAAGGGUCGCAGCAAUCCGCUUCUUGAAGUGUGGGGAAGUCCUUGGUUGCGGACAUCGUCCUACGGAGGAACUUCCUCUCGGGCCUUCUCCGAAAGUUUCAACAGACUAUGGCUUCAAACAUGAACGGCAAUGCAGGAGCCAGGGUUUCGUCUAACACAAGAAAUGGGACCGGAGAACAUCCGGAAUGGGACUUGACGAAACCUCUUCCGAAGUUGCCUGUCCCUCCUCUGCAGUCGACCCUGUACAAAUACCUGGGAGUGAUGAAGCCUGUUCUUACCCCCCUACAAUUUGCCAAAACCAAAUACCUCGUGGACGAGUUCCGAAAGCCAGGCGGACAGGGGGAGAUGCUACAGGAUUGCCUCAUGCAAGCCUACCACAACAAAGAAAACUGGGCUUACGACUGGUGGCUGGAUGACAUGUACUUGAAGGUCCGUCUUGCCCUUCCUAUCAACUCCAACCCGGGCAUGGUGUUUCCCCGAAAUAAGUUCCAUCACCAGAGAGAACAGCUGAGAUAUGCAUCACGAUUAGUAAGCGGGAUUCUUGACUACAAAAUCAAAGUUGAUAGACGGGCACUUCCAAUAGAGCGAGCUCGCCAUAAAGAGAAGGGUCAACCGAUGUGUAUGGAGCAGCACUACCGCAUCUUCACCUCGUAUCGGGCCCCGGGGCUGAAAAAGGACUCGCAGAUAACAGACACGGGCGAUUGCACGGACAAAAUCAUUGUAGUGUGUAAAAAUCAGUUUUUUGUCAUGGAAGUUGCCACUGAAACAGGCAAUCUCUCUGAAACUGAGAUAUACAGGCAGCUUGAGUUGAUAGCGAGGCUCGCAGAUGCAGAUUCCACCAACGCCCCGCCGGUUGGCAUUCUGACGUCACAGACACGUGACAAAUGGGCGGCAGCUAGAAACAGAUUACUGAUGGACCCGAUCAACCGAGACUCUCUCGACGCUAUAGAAAAUUCCAUCUUGAUCCUCUGCCUUGACAAGCCGACAUGCCCAUCCCCCGACACCCUAAAGAUCGACACGACCUGCCUCGCCCUGCACAUGCUGCACGGGCAGGGCUCAUGGGCCAACACUGCCAAUCGGUGGUUCGACAAAACUAUGCAGUUUAUAGUGUCCGAGGAUGGUGUGUCCGGCUUGAACUAUGAACAUUCAGUGGCAGAGGGUAUUGCUGUUGGCCAGCUCGUGGAGCAUUCCUUAAAGUAUAUAGAGGAUGCCAAACUGAGACAAAGAUCUUUCUCUCAAAGUUCUAUACGUAAUGCAUUAGUACCAAGAAAACUAUCCUGGACAAUUACAUCAGAGACGGUUAAAGACAUCGAAAAGGCAAAUGAGUAUAUAGACGGAUUAAUAGACGACCUUGACCUUACAAUAGUAAGGUUCGACAACUUCGGCCGAGAUUUCCCAAAGUCCCAAGGAAUGAGUCCCGAUUCUUUCAUCCAACUUGCUCUACAGUUUACAUACUAUAAAGUGCAUUCCCGCCUGGUGUCAACGUAUGAGAGCGCAUCCACCCGUCGCUUCCGGCUCGGCAGAGUUGACAACAUCCGGGCCAACUCUCUGGCAGCUCUUGAAUGGUCUAAGGCGAUGAUAGGAGAAAUAGACUGUACCGAUGAGGAGAAAUUCGCUAUGCUACAAGAGGCCUUACAACGACAAGCCGACUAUAUGACUGGUACAAUCCUUGGUCACGGCAUUGACUGUCACCUUUUGGGACUUCGAGAAUGCGCAGUCGACGCGUGUAUUCCUAUGCCGGACUUCUUUAAAGAUGAAGGAUUCCGACUUGCCAACCAUUUCACCAUGUCAACGAGUCAGGUGCCAACAUCAAUGGACUCUUUCAUGUGUUAUGGACCUGUCGUACCUGAUGGUUACGGUAUUUGCUAUAACCCCCACCCCGACUACAUCCUCGUCACCGUCUCCUCCUUCAACAGCAACGACGAUAGCGACUCUGCCUUCUUUGCGAUGUCGCUGGAAAGUAGUCUACUGCAGAUGAAGGAACUUUGUCUCAAGGCUAAGGAGUUCAACAAUGUACCGCCAUCUUGACAAACAAAGAGAAUACAUUGUAAGCUUUGACAGAUCACGGUGUGCUAUCAGUAACUGUCAGUACUCUCAGUAUUAGUAAAUAAUUAGGUGUACACGUGUUUUAUUGAAAACACAGUUCUUAAAAUACUUAUAACGGUACUUGUAUCCGCUUAGGACCACUUGUUUGUGUCUGGCGCGUCUAUGUUAAUAGGUCAUUAUCUGCCUCAUGUUAUUCAUAAGACGACAGGGGAAAUAACAUCGCCAGCACCUAUGACUAAUCGCAGUGAUACCCGGUCUGUUAGUGAAGUGGGGGACUUCGUUCUGUGGUCUGGAUCAUUUUCAAGAAGCGAACCAUUUGUUUAACAUUAAGGUAUCAAUCAUCAAUCUGAUUGAUCCAUAAGAACUCAGAUUGAUAACUUAUCACAUACGUAAGAUACACCUCCAAACGGGGGUAUUAGAGAUUUCGCCAUUCGGGCUUUAGGGUGUCUUUCAGGAACUACAACACUUGAAGUUGGAAUUAGGUUCUCUUAUAUCCUGAUCCGUCCAAACUGGACAUACAAAAAUAGGGUAUGUGUUUUUAUUGUGUACAGAUUUCCUCUGUUCUUUAAAUAAUUAAACUAUCUAAACAAAAUAAGACUUAAACGCAAGAUCCUAAUGACUGAUAAUUAAAGGCAUUUUAGAUAGAUGUAUGUAUAAAGAUCACAUGCAUACCUGUAAAUAACUGAGAAAUUUCUGAAAUUUUAAGAAACACUUAUUUAUAUAUUAAGCAAAUUUAACUAUCGUUAUCUUAAUAUUUAUGCAAAUAUAUGGUUUAAUUUCUUAUUUAAUAUUUUAGUUAUCAGGAUAAAUAUUCUCAAAAUUGUACGUCAUUUGAUCCGGUUGAGGAAAAGAAUUUAAUCUUCAGCAUAUAAAGAUAUGACUAGUGCAACUUAGAAUGCUGCAUUUCUGGUGGAAGAGGUGGUAAUUCAUCCGUAAAUUUCUUAAAUAAUAUUUAAAUCUUAUUUAUAAUCUGUGCUAGGAUUACUGCUUUUUGUGUAUUUGUUCGUUUUAACAUUAUUGAUUAUUGUAUGUACGCAAUGUUCGUUAUAUUACCAUCUAGUAUGUUCAGUGCUACGGCUAUGGGUUGUGAAAUGGCGUUCAAUGGUUGUUUCAUUUCAACCAACCUUCACCAUUUGAUAUACGUUUCGAAUGUACCUUCUUUUGUAGGCACUGUUUAUAACCGUCCAUGCUGACUCUAUACAUACUAGGUGAGUUUGUCAUUGUGUCGGGAGAAACCACUUUUGCCACUAUAGUGCUGUGCACAUGAUUUUGAUCGAUUCACCCGCACAAAAACGGGUGUUAUCUGAAGACAAUACGUGGCCAUUACUGUUUAAAUACACAAUAAGGGCCAACAAUGAUAACUGGUCAAAAUGUUAAAAUUUAAGGAUUGUGAAGUUUGAAAUUUGGUUCAGUAUAUAUAUAUAUGGAGUCGUGCAAUAGAAGCAACAGUGUCCAGUGUAUCUGUACAUCAUCGUUCUUUCAUGGUGUGUGUCAUCGCCAUCGGUAUGACCGUGUGAGCGUUACGUUUUUGAAAUCAUCCGAAUCAUGUUGGAUUGGGCCCAAGGAAGCCCUAGGAAGCACUUGCUCUGGGAUUUCAAUACUACACAACAUCAACAUUUCAAAUUUACAAUUACACUUUAGCAAAAUGUUCCCAUGAUGCAUAAUGAUAAUCAUUGUCAUAGUUAGUUCAACAUGCAAUACUGGAGCUGUGUUUGUGAUAUUAUCCGUAGCUGGAUAGCGUGUUUAAGUCAAAUCCAACUCCGAGGUUUGCAGUACUGCCGAGUGAUUGUUGUCGUCACGUUGCUACAGAGUCUUACUGUGAUGGUGAUGAAGAUGUUGAUAGAACUCGUUGUAAGCGAUCGAGAUAAUGUGAUAAAUACAUUUUAACACUUAUUUAACAUAUCAUAGAAUAUUUCCCAUUUUUCAGAUAAGUGCAUUGUUUAUAGACACGUUUAUAGUAUAUUUGUUAUAGCUGAAGAAAGUUGCAGAACAUACAAAUAAAAGAGUUGUUACGAA